AUGUACACCGGUACAGUUUGUCUCCACCCACUUCUUGGUAGGGGGCACCUCUCAGCGUUGAGCUGGUCACCAGCUACAGUGGUGCUAAAACCCCUGGAGACACCUUAUAAUACCCUCAGCAGCUUGACAGCCCCACGUCCCCUGACCUCACUCAUUCCUAGCCACAGCUUCCCACCCAGAGCCAUUGCAAGUGACAUCAACACAGCAGCCAAGUUCACUGGGGCUGGGGCUGCCAUGGUGAGGGGGCUGGCCCCGGGGCUGACUUUGGGACUGUUUGGGAGCCUCGUCAUUGCUUAUGGCAGGAAUCCCUCUCUGAAGCAACAGCUCUUCUCCUGCGCUGUUCUGGGCUUUGCCCUCUUGGAGGCCAUAGGGAUCUUUUGCCUGCUGGUGGCCUUUCUCAUCCUCCUCACCAUGUGAAGGAGCUGUCUCCACCUCCCUUAGGUUUUCCUCCAGUGUCUCAUCUGCCAUGUAUGUUCCUUUCCCUAUACCUCCCCAGGCAGCCUGCAGAAAGUGGUUGACUCAGGGUUUGACAGAGGGAAGACAAAUAAACACUGUAUUAAUAAGAAA